AUGGUACAAUUUCUGCAAAAUAUAAAUGUCACAAGAAUUGAAAAUUUUAAAUGGUAUGAUUUCUCAAAUAUUAUUGAGAUAAGAAGAAAUGUUUAUAGAGCUAAAUGGAAUCGUAAGAUAGUUGUCCUCAAAAAGCUGCAAGAAAUCGAUAGAAUUCAAAAGACGGGUGUAUUAAAAGUAUUAAUGCAAGAUAUCCAGCAUCCUAACAUUGUUAGAUUUUAUGGUGUAACGAACGAUUCAUUUGGAGACAUUGUUUUA